AUGAAGUCCGUCCUUCUGGCAGCUGCUGCUGUCCCAGCGGUGCUUGCUUCUUGCAACAGCCACACAACCCUUUCCACCGUUCGCGCCCCGUCAGCGUCCAAGAGUGGCUUCGGUGCUCCGCCUUUCCCUUCAGGAGCCGCAGCCGCGGUCUCCGUCAGGCCAACUGGUGCCUCGGGUGCUGCUGCUGCCACGACGGCUGCCCCAACUGCGACAAAUGCUGCCGUGACCGGGAACGGUGGGACAACCUGCACAGUCACUGCUGCUGCCGACGUCGCUUCGGCAGUCGCGUCGUGCUCUAACAUCCUCCUGGACAACCUCUCCAUGCCCGCCUCCUCAACCCUGGACCUCCAGAAGCUGCAGCCAAGCGCUGUCGUUACCUUCGGCGGCACCACGUCUUUCGGCUACACAGCAGAUGAGGACUUCGACCCUAUUGUUGUGUCAGGCGACUACAUCACCGUGACUGGUGCCCCUGGUCACGUCAUUGACGGCAACGGGCAGGCUUACUGGGACGGCCUUGGAAGCAAUGGAGGCACCAGCAAGCCAGACCACUUCUUCGUGGUCAAGAAGACCAGCUACGCAACCUUCUCAGGUCUUAACAUCCAGAACUGGCCCACGCACUGCUUCUACAUGACGGGCAACCAGCACCUUACUGCUCAGAACAUCCUCCUGAAUAACACAGCCGGAGAUGCCCCCAACGAGGCGUCCGGCACCAAGGCCGCAGCGCACAACUCGGACGGUUUCGACGUCGGCUCCUCCGACUACGUCACGCUGAGCAACAUCCAGGUGUACAACCAGGACGACUGCGUGGCCGUGACCUCGGGCACGCAGAUCACCGUGUCCAACCUGUUCUGCUCGGGCGGGCACGGGCUGUCGAUCGGGUCGAUCGGCGGCAAGUCCAACAACACGGUGGACGGGGUGCUGUUCGAGGACUCGGAGCUGGUCAACAGCUCCAACGGCGUGCGCAUCAAGUCCAACAGCGGCACGACGGGCUCCGUGACCAACAUCACCUACCGCAACAUCAAGAUGUCGGGCAUCUCCGACUACGGCCUCGACGUCCAGCAGGACUACCUCAACGGCGGCCCGACCGGCGAGCCCACCAACGGCGUCAACAUCUCCGCCAUCACCUUCGAGAACGUCACCGGCACCGUCGAGUCCGACGCCUACAACUACUACAUCCUCUGCGGCGAUGGCUCCUGCAGCGACUUCACCUUCACGGGUGUUGACAUCACUGGCGGCAAGGAGAGCUGCAACUUCCCCACGAGCACCUGCCUUGCCUCGGCAUAG